AUGGGUGUUACAAAGACCACAACACAGGAGGGCACCGGUCCCAACCCCAAGGUGGGCCAGACCGUCGUCAUCGAGUACACUGGCUUCCUGAAGGACACAUCCAAGCCCGACAACAAGGGCGCCCAGUUCGACAGCUCCGUUGGCAGGGGCGACUUCGAGACCCCUAUCGGUGUUCAGCGUGUCAUCAAGGGCUGGGACGAGGGUGUUGUCGCCAUGAAAGUUGGCGAGAAGGCCACUCUGGACAUAACCGCUGACUAUGGCUACGGAGCCCGUGGAUUCCCCGGUGCCAUCCCGCCCAACUCGGACCUCAUCUUCGAUGUCUACCUGAAGAAUAUCAAAUAG